AUGUCGCCACGCUGUAUCUAUGAGAGUGAAAACAACUUGGCACAGCGUCUACCAGCAGUCAUGGAGGAGAAGAUCAUCAAAUGUCAUCAGUUUGUGUUAAGGGCCCAGAGACGUCAUGACUACCAGUUAAGCCACAUCUUAAACAUGCGCCUGGAACAGAAUUCCUCAAGAUUUAAUUGAGAAGUCUUUCAAAUCCUGUGGAAUUGCAAAUGCACUAGAUGGCUCAGAAGACGAUGCAGUUUGGAAGGAAGAGAAUGAAGAGACGGAAGAUGCAGAGGAGAUUAUUGACAAUGAAUUCCAGACUGACAGUGAAGGCGAGGAAGGAGAAUAA